UGAUGUGAGAUAAAAAGGCAAAGGGGAUGGAGAGUAAGGUUUUAGAGAAGUGUUGGUUGUUUUUGGCUAUGGAGAAUUGUUAUUGUGCUGGUCCUCAAGGGGCAACCUGGGCUCCCUACAACUCUGCUGCACUGAGCAAUGAGUCUUCCAGCUUUCCACUUCCGUGGCCUCCUCAUGCCUCCAGCUCUACCCAAUUCCAGUUUUGUGGGUUCCCAAAUUCUUGGUCUGCAACGGCUGAAGGUGCUGAUGAAGAAGACAGAGCUGCAACUGCUUCAAAGAGCCACAGCCAAGCAGAGAAAAGGCGCAGAGAUAGAAUCAAUGCACAGCUUGCAACUCUAAGGAAACUAAUUCCCAAGUCCGACAAGAUGGACAAGGCAGCUCUGUUGGGAAGUGUGAUCGAUCAUGUGAAGGAUCUAAAGCGAAAAGCAAUGGAAGUCAGCAAAGCCUUCAUGGUUCCAACUGAAAUGGAUGAAAUAACCAUCGACUCUGAUCCUGCUCAGGCUGCUGCAAACUCCGGCAGCAACAAUAUUAAUAUGCACAAAAGCAGGUGCAGUAUCGUCAUAAGGGCAUCUGUUUGCUGCGAUGACAGGCCAGAACUGUUCUCGGAGCUCAUUCAAGUGCUCAAAGGCCUAAAGCUGACAGCAGUGAGAGCAGACAUGGCAAGUGUGGGUGGCAGAAUCAAAAGCGUUUUGGUCCUCUGUAAAGAUGGUGAAGAAGAUGAGGCUCUCUGCAUAAGCACUCUCAAGCAGUCACUUAAGUUGGUUUUGAGUAAAAUUUGCGCAUCAUCUAUGGCACCAAACUGUCGAAUUAGAAGCAAGAGGCAGAGGUUUUUCUUGCCAUUUCAAUACCCAAAUUAGAUCUUAUUUUGUUCCCAAGAUUUUUUGAAGUGUGUGUGAAUCAAGUGAUUUAUAGAGUACAUUGAGUCUCUAUUCUUUUCUUUGUGUUCUUCCCUUGGGAGACAUGCUUCAAUAAUGGAUUGUAUUGACAUGUGGAGAGAUUAAGCUAUAAGCUUGGUGGCAUGCAUAAGGCAAUAAGGCAACUGUGGGCACAAGGAGGAAGGAGCAGGAGGUGAUUUAUCAUGUGUGGCUUCCUACCAUAUUGAAGAAGAGAAGUUUGCAUGAUUAGAUUGAACAAUAAAUAUAUAUGAUGUUUUGCUUAUUUUUGCCAAGUUGCAUUAGCUGGCAUCUUGUACUUGUACGCAAUUUUGGAAUUUGAUAUCAAAUAAUUGCAUUUCUGUUA